AUGGCAGCCCAGGGCGACUAUGUGGUCAUGGUACAUGACGCCAAGAUGGACGAUUUGUUGGCCGCAGGCGCUUUUUCCAGGUUCAGGGAUGACGCCUACGACAACUCAAUCUUCAUUUCCGAGGGUGUCGACGAGACGCGCCGAGCCACCUGGAACAUGCAGAAUUUCCUCCUGAACACGGGUGCCUCUAAGGACUUUAUGAAGGGUGCUACAUGGGUUGACGGGGAGAACUGUCUGGUGAAGCGCGGGACUGAUGGCCGGGAAAUACUCAAGGACGGCAAACCGCAAACUCAGGACCCCCGAACAACCCACGAGAGGAAUUUCCCCCAAAGCGGUCCGCCUGACUCCAACAAUUAUCUAAUUCACCAGCAAGCAGACCUGGAGAAAGUGGUUCGCGGUGAUGGGAAGAAGGCCGACGUCCUCAUCACCGCCCCCACGGAUCUCCAAUGGCUCAAAGACUUGAUGGAAGCGAGAGAGGACUUUGCCAUCCAGAGAUUCUUCCACACUGGCGGCUUCAACUUGAACGGGGAGAUCGCCAAGGGUUACCCAACGAGCCCAUCCACUCUGGCGAACUUGGAUGCUAUCAGGAAGAUGGCAAAGGAACGCAACCCGUCCUGCGUCUUCGUCUUUGCCAAUUCGGCAUUCCUCCACGACCGAGGCGGGCGCACAGUCGACAGCAGCGAGGUCAAGCCCAAACUGCCCGAGGACGUCUUCAAGCAGGCCACCCAAGACCCGUUCUUUGCUCGCACCCUUGGCGAGAUGGAAGGGAGGGUCGGGCGGCACCAGCGACAAAACGGAGUCGACGUCCUGGAUCUGGCUUUGCUGCCCGCGAACGGAAACACUGAUUUCAAGAGUCUGCGUGCAAGGGAGAAUAUGAGCGACGACGAUUUGAUCCUAUACUUUGUCAAUGUUCUCCUGGAGCCCAUCUCCCGAGCACGCUUCGACGACGACGAGCCGCUCAAGUCGUAUUUUCUGGACUACGUGAACGCACUGAUCCCACGUAUACCGGCGCAAGAAUCGCAGCUUCGGGAGCGCGCACAGGGUGCCGUGAGGAGUGCGUUUACCAAGAAACCGACUCUGGAGAUGGCCGACUUCUCCUACGUCACCCGCAACCAUGAUUUCCUCGGGCGCGAGGAGACGCGCAGGUUGUUUCUGCCGAUCCGCAAUGUUCGGAUGGAGGAAUCGGGGGAGAUUCGAACGCGGUUGUGUAGCAGUGGUAAGGAACCCGACGGGUUCGGCUACGCCGGCGACUACUUACUCUAUAAGUAUUACGGAGAUGAUCAGAGCAAGGUGGAUAGGGAGAGGGAUAAGGAGGUUUUGGAAAGACUUGCCAGUGUCCCCGACGUGUAA